AUGGAGGAGGAGGCGGCGGCGGCGGCUACGGAGGAGGAGGCGGCGGUUACACACCGACACCAACACCGUCGACGCCCAGCCACAGCGGAUCCUGCGUACUGGAAGGGCCACCCGGAGAAGAUCAUCGACUGCAUCGGCAACCUGGGCAGCAUUCUGGGCUCCCUCGGCGAGGUGUGCCACGCCUUCUUCGGCAGCAAGAUCCAUACCCUGCAGGACGCGCUGUGCAACACCCGGACCGACUGCUACGGUGACCUGCUGCGCGAGGGCGCCGCCGCCUACAUCAACGCCAUCGCCGCCAAGAAGGAGAAGUUCGCCUACACCGCCUACCAGGUCAAGGAGUGCGUCGCCGUCGGGCUCACCUCCGAGUUCGCCGCCGCAGCGCAGGCCGCCAUGUUGAAGAAGGCCAACUACGCAUGUCACUACUAG